CUGACUACCACUCAAGUGAAAAUAUCUCAAAGAUCUUUAGAACUUAAAAUCAACAUACCAACAUGUUCCGCACUAUCGCUGUGAUCCUUGCCCUGGUUGCACUCGCCUUUGCUGCUCCUGGCUACAUUGAGCCCUCUUACGGAGUGGUUCCGGCUGCUCACGUGGUUCCUGCUGCUCAUGUUCUUCCCGUGGCUCAUGUGGUUCCCGUGGUGAAGCACGUCUCGGUGGUGAAGGAGGUUCCCGUGGUGAAGCACGUUCCGGUGGUGAAGCAGGUCCCAGUGGUGCAGCAUGUCCCUGUCGUCAAGCACGUCCCAGUGGUCCAGCAUGUCCCCGUGCUGAAGUCCUACGCCGUGCCAUCCUACGGACACCACACCUACCACGGUUAAGCUAGCUAAUCAGUACUGACUUCGACUCGACAUGAAUAAAUUAUUACCCAAACGAAAA